AGUUAUGAAAUUUAAUGGUACAGUCGGAGCGGGGUAAACCAUUGAUGAUUGCAGCUUUUUCUGGACCAUGACUUCAACUGAUGAUGCGCCUUCGCAUUUCACGAUUCGCAGUGUUAUCAACCGUCAGCAAGGUACACAAAUUCUUGUAAGACAUAUGCAUUAUAUGCGUGUCAGAAAUCAGGCGUACAGAUUCAAAAAGCAAUAUUUAGCUUGCUUCUACCACAACGGGCUAGAAUCAUGAGAAAUGCUUACCGGAAAACAUGAUUCCAUGAUUCCGCUUCAUGGGCGUACCAAAAAUAAUAACACUUUGCACACCGGGAAGCAAAUCACGCUACCAGAGAAUGGUGGUGCUGAACAACAAUGCGUUUUUUUACCUUAGCUGUCUGGGCUACCUAAUAAAGAUAUGGGUAGAGAUUUUCAUGAAACUAGUCAAAUGUAGGUACACUUGGUGGGGUACCUGUUAUCUUCAGGUAAAUAUUUGUUAUGAUCGCAUCGACUAUAAAAGCCGAACAGAUCCAACGAAUUGGCACCAAAGCUAUUAAAGUGUUUGAACUAAGUGAAUCGAAGAGUAAGCCAAGAGCUCAUUAGUCAACAUACAUCGAAGUAAUCGAAAUAGUCAUGGAUUCUGGAAGUUCACAUCGUGCUCGCAGAUCUCGGACAGCGGAAGUUUGCCGUUUGUGCCUUAAGAAGCGAUACCUUGUCGACAUCGAAGGCAAUCAGUACCUUUGUAUGCAGCUAAAGGAGUGUUUUUCACAUCUAUCGCCGGACGAUAGUGAACUUCCGAGGUUUGUGUGUGGCGAAUGUUACCAACUGGUGGAGAUAACGUACCAAUUCAUCAUCAGGACUCGUCGCACAGAAGUUCUUAUACGAUCAUAUGUACACAUGGGAGGAGAUUUCCCUAAUCAAGAGGCACUGGAAGCAGAAUACCGUCGGCGUCCGAAACGAUCAGCAUCACCGGAGAAGGAUAGUCAGCAGGAGAAACCAGCAUCGAAGAAGAGGCGGUCUUCCGAAGAGUCAUCGAAGUCCACGGAGCGAAGGUCAUCGAAGAGUAAGAAAGACAACGAGCGGAAUUCAUCGAAGCACAGGGAAGAAAAGGGAAAGGAUUCGUCGAAGCACAGGGAUGGAAGUAAGCGAGAAUCGAGGAAGCAUAAGGAGGAGAAGGAUUCAUCAGGACACAAGCAUAAAUCAAAUCGCUCAUCAUCGUCUUCGAAGCGUAAAGAGAAGGAAGACUACACCAAGAAGGACAGCAUGCUACCUACUAAAGCAAUGACGGAGGCUGAAUUGAAACGAUAUUAUAAUUCGGAUGAAUAUUUGUUUGGUGGAGCAGUGGAUUUGGAACCUGUGAAGGCCCAAAACGACCGUAUUGAAGAAAUCCAACCCCAAAAGGAUGCGGCUACACGUUUGGAAUCUGUUGCUAGUAAUUUGAAAGGAAUUUCAUUGAAAAUGUCAUACGAAGAAAUGGCGAAUGUUUUGACAGCUCUUCAGACUAUUGAAAGCAGUUAAAAAGUAAGUAUGUGAAAGCUAUGGAUAUACAAUAAAUAUUUGAAAAUGAAAUAACUUCUUUAUUUUUUCAAAUUUCCCUGGUUGUUCGUCAUCUUUCGCUGGUUUAACUUC